AACACAGUUAUUCACACUCGCUGAGAUGGAGAGAUCAAGUGUAAAUCUCGCUCUUAUAUAUGCUUUAUUGUUCAGUCAGAAAAUAAUCUAUGGGACAGAAAUCGAGCUGAAGGUCAGACCAGGAGACAACAUCACUCUCUACUGUGAUCGUCCUUUAACUCGUGGUCUCAUCAUUGUAUGGAUUAGAAACUGCUCUCAUGAACAUCAACCCUCUCUCAUUAUAAAUUAUCAGAAAACUAACCAAGAAACAUUUCGACGUUUCAGUCUUCCUAAAAACACCAAAAUUAGUUCUUUUGAUUUACAUAUUACUAACAUUACAGUCUAUGAUCUGGGACUGUAUUACUGUGCGGAAUACGAGAAAAAGAUAGAAAAAGAUGAAAACGGAGUUACAUACUCCGAUGUGUACUAUUAUGGAAACCAAAUAACACGUCUCUCUCUUGAUGUAACUGCCUGUUCUGGGCACUCCAGCACUGUCUCUCCUCCUCGUUUAUCUGACCAUUCUCUCUGCUGGACGCUGCUCUUCAGUGUUUGUCCUGUGUGUGUUCUCUUCUCCUCCAUCUGUGUGUACUGCCUCUGUCAGAAGAAAACUACAGGUUCUUAUUUAUACUCAUUUUUACUUCAGUGUGUGGAUAAAUAGCUUCUUUUCAUACCAGGAGUGAUUGCACACAGAUUUUUGUUAGGAAACCUGAAUUGUGCAAGUUUUAUUGUCAGGAUUGCGCUAACAUUUUUAUAACUUGUGGUUGUUUAAGGUUCUGAGAAUAAUGAAGAGGUACUCACAGUAAAAAUUUUAAAGGUAGCCUUUCAACAACAUUGCCAGAAAUGUAAAUAUUUAUAUUGUGAAAGACAAUUUUAAGAACUUUUGUCAUUUCAGGUGGAUCAAACAAAGAAACAUCUGACUGAAAUUAGUAAAAAUGAAAUGUUCAACAUUUAUUCUGAAGUCAACUAUAGACUACUACCAUCUGAUCAUCCCUAAAAUGGGACUCUCCAUUGGGUUGCUGUUUAUCCAAACUCUGCUUUCAACGAUAGUAAAUCCUUACUAUACUCCUUGCCAACUCAGUUAUGAACAUUCUCAAGGAUACAGUAAACAUAUUUGGGUACAAAAACUAAAAACUAAUCACACACAACUGUAAAUCUCAAAGAGAUAACUGAAGUUAUUAAUGUCAUGGUUCUGCCACUUCUUGUCAGGUUUUUAGAUAGUAUCCCGUGUUUUGUGUGGAGAGAACCCCGUGUGUUUGACCCUGCGAAUCCUACUUACCUUGUUCCUGUUCUUCUAUUUGUGGGGAAGUUUAGUCCAGUUCAGUUAGUAGUUUAAAGUGUAAUGUUAGUUUGUCCAAUCUAGUGUUUUGGUUCCUUUCUAGUCUAUGAUCUUUUAUUUUGGCUGUCAGUGUUAUU